UUGGGGGAAGAGGAAAGCUGUGGCUCCCUCCGGGGUCGGGAGUCGUGGUGAGAAGUGCUUCUGAAGAUUGGCCCAAGCCCCUUUGUGUCUUGCCGCUCCACACCGAGCAUCCAGCCCUGGAACUCGAAGGCCGGUUUUUGGCCCCAGCUAUACCUCGCAUUUCGCAGCCCCCCGCCCUCGUGCGCCCAUUGGUGCCUUAGUUCCUGAAACAUCCGUCCUCUCACAGCUGAAAUGCGGGCAAGGCAGGACCCCGGCAGCAGACGGCACCCAAGUUUGGCGACAUAUGCCCAGCUGGGUUGGCGCCUCGCACGUCGUGCUUCUCGGUAGGAAAGUCUCUCCAAGGGAAAGAAGCCCCUCCAGCUUUCUCUUAACCCUGUAGUGCGCACUCUGCUUCUCUCCCCAGAGACUGCACUCGGAGACAGCGCUGUGGCUUAGCUCCUGCCUCGGGCUCGGCUGCCUUGGGGGCGGAGCUUGGAUUCUGAGAAGCCAUCCCCAAGACACUCGACUCAGCCGGGGUUCUGAGGAAGCGUCGGGCGAGCCGGCAAGCGGGCGACUUAAUAGCCACAGCCUAGCACUAGCUACGGUACCUAGGCACUGAACUGAAUCCACGAAGGGACGCUCAGGCUGCGCCCCCUCUUCUGCCCUGGCUCAGUUAUUGGCUGAUUUGAGAGGGCACACUGGUCAGGACUCCUCGAGAGGAGCGGUUGAGUGCGGGUGCCCCGACAGAGUGGCUACGCCCCCCUCCCCUGCCUGGGGGGCUGCGAAAGGAGUAGCUGCCACGAAAACAACUGUCACCAUGGCCCUACAAGCGCCUGGAACUGGACUCUGGACUGGGUGCAAAACUGCUUGCUUUAGCCUCGUCCAAGUUUCACAGCACGUAUAUUGACGAUUGUAAUCCAGGGUCAAUCAAGAGUCACGUUCAAAGUGGUACUCCUGGGCUCUCCAUCCCAGACUCCAACAAGUCUAAUUUGAGCCCAGAAGAGACGGUCUCCUGCUCUGACUAGUAGAUCUCCUAACUGGAAUUGGACUUGACAGCUCUCCUCGCCAAUACUUGGACUGCAGUGACUACAAGGUUCUCUUGGGGUUUGGGGGUGGGAAGUGCUCUGAAGGCCAGACUACAACACUCAGAACCUCGACAAUGGACCGAGUGUAUGAAAUUCCUGAGGAGCCAAACGUGGAUCCGAUUUCAUCCCUGGAGGAAGAUGUCAUCCGUGGGGUCAACCCCCGAUUUACCUUUCCAUUUGGCAUCCUUUUCUCCACCUUUUUGUACUGUGGGGAGGCUGCAUCUGCCUUGUACAUGGUUAGAAUCUAUCUAAAGAAUAGUGAAACCUACUGGAUGACAUACACCUUUUCCUUCUUUAUGUUUUCAUCUGUUAUGGUCCAGUUGACACUCAUUUUUGUCCACAGAGAUCUGGCCAAAGACAAGCCACUAUCAUUGUUUAUGCAUCUAAUCCUCUUGGGACCUGUUAUCAGAUGUUUGGAGGCCAUGAUUAAGUACCUCACACUGUGGAAGAAAGAAGGGCAGGAGGAGCCCUAUGUCAGCCUCACCCGAAAGAAGAUGCUAAUAAAUGGCGAGGAGGUGCUGAUAGAAUGGGAGGUGGGCCACUCCAUCCGGACCCUGGCUAUGCACCGCAAUGCCUACAAACGUAUGUCACAGAUCCAAGCCUUCUUGGGCUCAGUGCCCCAGCUGACCUAUCAGCUCUAUGUGACCCUGAUCUCUGCAGAGGUCCCCCAGGGUAGAGCUGUGCUAAUGGUCUUUUCCCUGAUAUCUGUCACGUAUGGGGCUACGCUCUGCAACAUGUUGGCUAUCCAGAUUAAGUAUGAUGAGUACAAGAUCCGUCUGGGGCUGCUGGAAGUCCUUUGCAUCACCAUUUGGAGGACACUAGAGAUCACGUCCCGCCUCCUGAUUCUGGUGCUCUUCUCAGCCACCUUGAAAUUGAAGGCUGUGCCCUUCUUAUUGCUCAACUUCCUGAUCAUCCUCUUUGAGCCUUGGGUUAAAUUUUGGAGGAGUGGUGCCCAGAUGCCCAAUAACAUUGAGAAAAAUUUCAGCCGGGUAGGCACCCUGGUGGUGCUGAUUUCUGUUACUGUCCUCUAUGCAGGCAUCAAUUUCUCCUGCUGGUCAGCUUUGCAAUUGAAGUUGGCAGACAGGGACCUUGUGGAAAAGGGUCAGAACUGGGGACAUAUGGGCCUGCACUAUAGUGUGAGAUUGGUAGAGAAUGUGAUCAUGGUCUUAGUUUUUAAGUUCUUUGGAGUGAAAGUGUUACUGAAUUACUGCCAUUCCUUGAUUGCCUUGCAGCUCAUCAUUGCUUACCUGAUUUCCAUUGGCUUCAUGCUCCUUUUCUUCCAGUACUUGCAUCCAUUGCGUUCACUCUUCACCCACAAUGUAGUGGACUACCUCCACUGUGUCUGCUGCCACCGGCACCCUCGGGGCAGGGUUGAGAACUUGGAGCCAUCCUUUGAUGCCGAAGAAAGGCAAAGCAUUGUCUGAUUCUAUAUUCUGGGUAUUCGGGGAUGGGUUGGGGAUGGCCAAGAGCAACUAUGAAAUUGAAGGAGAAGAUGAGGCUUAUGGGUGAGUACCCACCAGAACAUUUCCUUGAGUUUUCUGGUAAGCCUAUCAGAAGAAAAAGCAGCCCCCAAAUAGGUUUGAUUUCCUUCAGAAUGACUGCUAUAUUUGGACAACAUGGUAGCCACCAUAUACCUAAAAGGGUCAGCAGUAACAUUUGCACUCCUCCUCCCACGUCAGCUGUCUGGCUACCCUACAGGAUAAUACACCUUAAUCUCUCUGUGACCUUCUAGCUCUGAUAAUUUGUUUGAAGCAUUACUGAGCUUUCCCCAGGAUGAGCAGAUGGCCCAGAAUCCCACCAUCAUGUAUGUAUCUUGACUGAUCAGAGGAUGUGACCGCUUCCUAGUUAUGAGUACCCCCCAGAAUAUAGUCUGACUAACGUGGAACCUGUAACAACAAGCGUGGCUGGGGUCUUUUAAUUCCAAUGAGAAACUGGUUAAGAAGAAAACCCUUACUAUUAAAAGAGCUCCCCAAAUGAGUUAGCUCUCCAUUAGGAUUUUACUAGUGAUCAUUCAUCAAGGACCCCUCUUUUCAGUGGACCUUCGUAGGCACACUCUGAGGAGGGAGUGCAGAGUAGGAUUCCUUCAGGGCAUUUGCCAGAAUGACUCUUUUUCUCAGGGACCUGCAUGAGCCUCCAGCUUGUCCACUGGAGUGGCUGAGUAAAAUCUGUCACUUCAUGCCUCAUUAUCAGGGAUUCCCUCCAAACCAACUUUUCUGUGCUUUUGGCAUUUUUCUGCUGGAUAUGGUCCUUAGAGAAGCUGAACUGUAAUUAAAAAUGUUUCUAAUAUGUGGAAGAAAUGAAAAUUUCAUUAUGUC